AUGCAUCAUCAUCACUUACACCCCACGCUGUGUGGCUUGUGUGUCUCCUACCUACAAGAGAAGCUGAAAAGACACCCUGCCCCUGAUGCCGGCACAGUGGUGGGCUUCAACGGCACGCCCAGUCGCAUCCCCGUGCGGUCCCCAAGUCGCGCCCCUGCUAGCAGCAGUGGGUAUGGACAAAUACAGAGGAAUGCGGACCCCUCCAGCGCCACUGACCUCGAUGGUCGCCAUGGCAACACAACACCCACACGUGGCGAGAGCUUAAGUUUCCGCAGUGGCCCGGGUGUGAGCAGUCGGGGCAUGUCCAUCUCACCAGAGCGAUCGCCAUACUACACCCAGCCACAAGCCACCACCCCACAGAGUGCAAAGGCCUACCGCAACUACGCACCCACCCACAACCAGCCACAACCCGACCUAGACGCAUACGACCACCCGGACUCUCACAGCCACCCCCACGUGCCACCGCACAGGAGUGUGCAGGAGUCGCCGUUUGUGCACGUGCACGCGAGCAAGCCCAUCCGCAUGCCGCCCACACCGGCCGACCGCGUGGCCAAAAAGGUGACGCUAGAAUGGGACAGCCCCGAAGACACGCUGGCGCACAAGGGCCACUUCCCCGACCUCGCUCCCACGUACAUGAGCAGCGAUGACUCAUCGUUCAUUUUACCUACCCGGCACCAAGCGGACCCGAAGUUCGGGUCGGUCUCUGCGGCCAGUUUGGGGAUGGGGCGUCAGCGGUUGGGCGAGGAUCUGUACGAGGAUAUGGACGUAGACUCGCACAGCCUCAGCCCGGUCCGGAAUUUGGGACAGAGUGCCCUCGGAUACGACAGUACAAUCUCGGGUGCAUCAGCCGCUAUAGACAGCACAUACACUUCCACCACUUAUGGUUACGCACAUACGAAUACGGACACGCAACGCAUUUCGGCCCUAAAUUCAGGUGCAGGUGCAGGUAUAAAGACAGAUCCGCACGUGGCCGCCCCUGCACCCGUGCAGACACACGUGGCCGUGCUGAGUUACCUAGCAACGGUCGGAACUGAGAGCCCCACACUGGCCGUCAAGACACUCAAAGAGUGUGCACGCUCACUCAAGGACCACCCCGAGCGGUGGGGUGUGCCUGAGUUUGAAGAGCUGCUGCAGGCGUGCUCGUUGCACCUGAGCCGCAUCAACACCGCCGCCAGUGCCAAUGCCACAGCGCUGAGCGACCCCGCAGUCAGUGCACGUCUGUGUCGCCACACCGUCCAUGCCAUCCAGCAACUGUACAGUGAUUGCAAGCUCAGCAUGCGCCAGGUGUCUAGUGUUGUGGUAGAGCCACUCCUCUUGACGGUGAUAGAGGCCACGACCACGCACAAGCACAGCCGCGAAGCGUACAGCGACCGUGAUAGGCGCGAGAUCGCCAAGGCUUUGGAGAGCCUGCAGCCCACUAUUGUCCGAGGCCAUCCCCCCAGCGUCAUGUUGCUGAGUUUGAUGGGGAGCCUCAACCAGACCACCCGCAACGCCGACUCCAAACUAGUGGACAAGCUAUCGUCGUUUGCCAUCCAGCUCAUCCGCAUGUUGGAUGCGCACGACACCCAGACCAUCGCGUGGGCGCCCAUAUUCACGGCUAUGAACUACUUUCUCACAGCCUUCCCUGUCCAUUCUUGGCAGGACAGGGCCCUGUGGCGCUAUUCGGAAGAGGACAAACCCUUGCGCGUGGUUGAACGGCUGGCGACGCUGGUGGUGCAGCACGAAGGAGUGGCGAGCAAGAAACACGUGGAAGGGUUUGCCGAGAACGCGCCUGUGGCGGUGUAUAUGACGCACCUCUUGGCGCGAACUUUGGGGCCGAGUGGGCCGGUAAACGGGCACGACAUUCUACCAGGACAGACACAGUCACAGCCACCACGUGACAAUGCGACGACUCAUACAGACCCACGUGCACAGCAGAUCCACGCACUACCUGAAGUGCAGGUGCAGACACAGGAGCCGCAGCAGAAGGCAAUCAGUAAAGAGAUUGCAGACCAAGUCCAUGCGAUCACUAGCAAAUUGCCCAGCGACUUAUUUGAGGCGGGUAAGAAGAUGGCACACAUAUUCAUCGAACACCCGGAAGCAGAAAGUGUCUUGGAGACGAAUAUUUCGCAUCUAUCGGAGCACUUUCAGGACUAUUUCCGACGGGACAUUCGCGCCCACAUUGACACACUCAGGAACGAAUUGGGUGUACCAGCCCCUUCCGAUCGCCUCAUCAUCACACCGCUCAACUCACAAGUGGAAGAGCCACAGCCCACGAAGUCACAUCACGCAUCACUGGAGUUCGCUAAUACCGGGACGAUUGUGGGAUUGGCGGGCGCGCACACGAGGGACCGUACCACUUCAGCUAUGAAUUUGGAUAUUCUCGGCCAUGGGUCGACGCCUCUGGCUGAUGUCGAGCAGCCACCCCGAAGUUCUGCCCACAUUAGCGAACUGGCGGCGCUCCUUAAGACAAAGGUCCGCAGUCAAGCGCAGGACUACCCAUCCGCCCGCACAUCACAAGCCGCGGGAGGUGCUUCUGUAUACGACACCUCCUAUGCCUUGAAUGCGGCACUCUAUGACAGUAAUGCAACACAACACGGACCUCUCUCCGCACCCGUCCAAAGUGACUUGAAAGCGACGCUCAAGGAGAGUUUGGCGAGACAAACAAAUAGAUAAUUGUAGCUGGUCAAAGACAGAGUCUAUCAGGCAAUAAAAUCACAUGCACAAGGCAGUACCUUGCUUACCAGCGCGAAAAACUUAUGUUUCUACUAUGGAGCUAUAUACUCCCCGCAUUUGGUAUCGAAAAGGGGGUGCCGAAUAACUACACUUCUGUACCGUGGUCAAUAACUACCUGUAAUCACAUAGACAUAUUGAUCUACAUGAGCGUGUGAUUGAACUUAAUUUCUCGUCACGGUACCACUUGAUGAGUGUUCAUUCCGUUCACAGAAAUUGUCAAAUGUUUUUUUUCUUUCUAAUUCUCUCUAUCAUUGAAACUCUAUGCACCACCCG